CUUCUCAAAAGAACCGUAACCCUAGUAAGAGGGGUGAUUGUUAAUAUUAUAUUAUUAUUAUAUAUAGUUCAAAUCUUACAGAUGGCGAAUGCAGGCAGGAGAGCAAUGCAUGGCAUUUAAUUCAUAUUUAUAAGUGUAUAUUAUUGUGUAGCAAACCAAUCGAUUGUUUUGUUUUGUGUUGUUUUAGUCUUUGUUUUAAGUUUAAAAAAAAAAAAAAAUGGAUGUCUUAGCUAAAAAGAUUGCCACGGUCACGUGCUCAGGGGAGAUUGUUAAGUGUAUGCAGGGAUCUCCAGAUCCAUGGGCUAAGGCUCAGGCGUAUGUGACCAGGGCAAUACAGGAAAAAUGCAUGUCUAAAGCAAAAGGGAAAUGUGCACUGGUUUUUGCUGCCUGCUGGAUAGCAGAACAGUAUAAAACUCUAGCGGUGCAGAAGGAGAAUCUGGAGGAAAAGAUUCUUUAUUUGAAUGAUACAAUUGAUUCUCUGAAAUUUUCUGUUGAAAAUGCUGCUGCUAUGUCCAUUAGCAACCAGCAAACAAUGGCAGAAAACAAGAAGGAGAUUGCGCAGCUCAAACAGAGGCUGAGAGAUGCAGAGGGCACCAUUAAAAGUUUGGUUGCAACCUCAACCAGCAAUGUAGGGGCUGAUAAUUCAAAAUGUAUAUCAGAGAUUAAAGGGUUAAAAACUCAGUUAGGAGCAAGAAGUCCUGUAUCAGUGGUUAAUGGGCAGAAUAAUACUAAAAAGGGUAGAGAUCUGUCUGUUAAUGAAGGCAGUAGGAAAUGUGAAACUGCAAGUGAAGGUAAUGUGACUAGUUUAGAAUGUACUAGUCAUGCCAGGCCUUCUAAAUUGAUUUCUAAUUGUGCCGAGUACAGGACUGAUAAACUGAAAGACAACAGUCCAGGAAAACAGGUUUCUAACCCCCUGCAAUCUAGGAAACAGCAUAACAAGGAAAGGGUGUCUGCAAUACAGGCUUCUCUCCCUGCUAAACAGACUUGGAACAAUUCAGAUAAAAAACAUACAGAAAAGAAACUAUUUAGGUGCUAUGUGUGUUCAAAAGUUGGGCACAUAGCCAGGUAUUGUACCCUGAAACACUAUUGGAAUGAUAAUAAUUGGUACAAUGAAAGAGAGAAUUGGAAUUCCUCUAGGUGGGGAUUUCAAAAGAAAAGUAGGAAUGGGAAUUCAUGGAUCCCAUAUCAGGUUCUUAAAACUCAGAAAGAAAGGCUGAGUGCAGAGAACUCUAGUCUCCAAAAGGCAUGGGGAGCAUUUAAAAAAGAGUUGGAAAGUAUCCAAUUAGAACUUUCUCAAAUUAAAGGAAGAAGGGCUAAUGAGAAUAGAGGAAAACAAAAUGUGAAUAUGCCCUAACGUUUUCCCUUCACCAAGUUUAUAUUUUACCGGAUAAACAAGGAUUCAAGAUUAUGUAAAGGAGAAGUCCGUGCCUUACCUUGUCCUGUGGAAAAAAAAAAAAAAAUUAUAGAGGACCUUAUUUGUUUUUUUUUCCUUUUUACACAGAAGGAGAAGCCUCUAGAUUGGUUUGGUACAGUCAGGUUAUACAAAUUCAAAAACAUUUUUGGUUUUUAAUAGUUAGAAUGACCUGCACUGUAGGGAGUAAAAUGGUUGCUGCUUUAGUUUAGUAAGAGAGUAAAAAGCACUGAGGCACAAUUUGAAUUUUAUUUUUGAUAUGAUUUGCCUGAGUCAGAUUUUGUUUUUUUUCACUCUUUGUAUUAGCAGCAAAACGUUUGUGACAUUUUUACAUAGAUUGCAUGCUGCUUGAUAACCUCGAUAUAUGUUGUGUAUUUCUGUAUCAAAGCAGUAUUCAGUCUAUAGUUUUUUUUCUCCAAAGUUUGUCUUUUGUUGUUUUUAUCUUGAGUUUGAUGUUUGUGUAAAAUCUUCAAGGUGGGGUAUUUUAAAACCAAUUCACUUCACUAGUCUGCAUUAUAGUUACCAAUCUGGUUUCUAGUACUUUGUUUAUGUUUAUGGUCUGUCUGUCCAAAACAA